AUGGCGACCAUAGUAGACGACUCGAAUUGGAAUUUGGUAUGGUCAGGGACUUCGUGGCGGACGGAACACAGUGAUGACCCAUCGACUGGAAGAUACUUUAAUAGUGGGCUUUACGGUGUUACAGUGGAUAAUGGGAAUAUUCAAUAUUUCUCUGGAUACUCAGAAGAAGGCCAAUUUCAAGCUACUUUAUUUGCUACUAGCGGAUUGAAAGAUGGCUCGCACACUUUGAAGAUAUCUAAUGAGAAUGAGAGAAAUCAAGAUCAAUACCCUGAUUAUAUGUGGUUAGAUAUUGAUUCUGUUGCUGUCAGUGGUACAUUGAUAAAUGCCGGAAAUUCAUCGGACUCAACUUCGUCUACGAUAUCUUCAUCAUCUUCUCUUCCGGGAUCAAGCUCCACCCAAUCAGAAUCUGCAGAAUCAUCUGAUGUCGUCUCCGGACAAUACUCGGCGACCAUAUCUUCAGUUGCAAUCACAUCUACAGCCUCAGAUACACCGACUGUCACUUCCGUCACUUCUUCUAGAUCGUCUUCUCUGACUGACGAAUCCACCGCAGUGGGAGGUGAAAGAAAUGACACAGAUAGAAGAACGAUCACACUCGCUAUCUCAAUUCCGGUGAUUGUCAUUUCUUCUUUAGUGAUUUUAAUUUUUUUAGGAUUAUGGUAUAAAACACGAAGGAAAAGGAAACAAGGCGAAUGUAAUCGUUAG